GAGCGGCUGGAUUUCCUGCGGGACCGGCACGUGCGGUUCUUCCAGCGCUGCCUCCAGGUCCUGCCCGAGCGCUACUCGUCGCUGGAGACCAGCAGCCUUCAAGUUGCUUAUGUACCAGCUUCAGUGGAUUCGUCUACCCUUCAGUUGAGUAAGGCUGACAAUUGCGUUUUUUGCACUUUCCGGGCUGGAUAUGUUGGACUCCUUAGAUGUUGUGAACAAAGAUGAUAUAAUUGAGUGGAUUUACUCCUUGCAGGUCCUGCCCACAGAAGACAGAUCAAAUCUAAGUCGAUGCGGUUUUCGAGGCUCUUCAUACCUGGGUAUUCCAUUCAAUCCAUCCAAGAGUCCUGGGACAGCUCAUCCUUAUGAUAGUGGACACAUAGCGAUGACCUACACUGGCCUUUCAUGUUUAGUUAUCCUUGGAGAUGACCUAAGCCGAGUAAAUAAAGAAGCUUGCUUAGCAGGCUUGAGAGCUCUUCAGCUAGAAGACGGAAGUUUUUGUGCAGUACCUGAAGGCAGUGAAAAUGACAUGAGAUUUGUGUAUUGUGCUUCGUGCAUUUGCUAUAUGCUCAACAACUGGUCAGGCAUGGAUAUGAAAAAAGCUAUCAGCUAUAUUAGAAGGAGUAUGUCCUAUGACAAUGGGCUGGCACAGGGAGCUGGACUUGAAUCUCAUGGAGGAUCUACUUUUUGUGGUAUUGCAUCACUGUGUCUGAUGGGUAAACUUGAAGAAGUUUUUUCUGAGAAGGAACUGGACAGGAUAAAGAGGUGGUGCAUAAUGAGGCAGCAAAAUGGUUAUCAUGGAAGGCCCAAUAAGCCUGUAGACACCUGUUACUCUUUCUGGGUAGGAGCAACUCUAAAGCUUCUGAAUAUUUUUCAAUACACUAACUUUGAGAAAAAUAGAAAUUACAUCUUAUCAACUCAAGAUCGUCUUGUAGGGGGAUUUGCCAAAUGGCCAGACAGUCAUCCAGAUGCUUUGCAUGCGUACUUUGGGAUCUGUGGCCUGUCACUAAUGGAGGAAAGUGGAAUUUGUAAAGUUCAUCCUGCUCUGAAUGUAAGCACAAGGACUUCUGAACGCCUUCGAGAUCUCCAUCAGAGCUGGAAAACCAAGGACUCUAAGCAGUGCCCAGAGAAUGUGCAUAUCUCCACUUGACAGACUGGGGUAGGGGAUUUGUAGCAUACCUGUAGCUCAAGGUUAAAAGCCAUGUAUAACCACGUGUGCUCUUUUUUUAAGGGAUAGUCUCACAAUCCAAGCUUGUUCUGCUGCUAACACUUUGGGAUACAGUCUUGAGCCAGUAACCUUUGUACUAGGUUUCAAGAAAAUUUUUGUUGAAGUUUGAACUAUAACAGUGACUCUGUUGUGGUUCUUAAAUGUUUAUAUCGUGUUUCUAGAAGUUCUUUGAGGCAAAUUAACUGUUAUGUAUGUAGGUUAUCUUUUUUAAAACUUUUCAGUACAAGUGGUGUCUUAUAAAAAGGACAAAAAGUUUUCAAAACAAGUUUACAUUCAUAUAGCCUUGAUAAUCUUCAGGUGAGCACUUAGUGAGCAUUUAGAAAUUUUGCUGAUGGUAAAAAAAAUUGCUUUAAUGAAUUAAGUAUCCGGGAUUAAUUUUUGGUCCCAUAAUUUUUUUAAUGGCUUAUUUUGUCUUAUUCUUAAGUAAGGUGUGCCAACUAGACUUAUGUAACCUAUAUAAAUGAAAUUAAUAACUUCAUAAUGAGAAUAAAUAGGCUUCACUAAUACUAUAGUUUUCUAAAGGAAGAUUGUUUAAAGGAGACUAUAUGUAACUGGGAGAAAUGCAAUUUAACUGUAAUUAUGAAUGAGAAAGUUUUGUGCAGUAUUAGUCUUUAUUUAGAUAAUCCUGGGGUAAAUACCAGUUAUAGUUUUGUUUUGUUUUGUUUGUUUUUUAUCUCAAAUCAUUGGCUGCCCUUUUGGGGAGACAAAGGAAAAAACAAUUUUCUUAGGAAAGAAAGACAUUGAGUGUUUUUUAUUUUUCUGAAAUUUGUGAUAGUGUCAAUUAUGCUUAAUAUUUUAUAACAGUUUUAGCUAUUUGGAUUUUUUUUUUUUUAGCAUGUUACAGCCAUUACAAAUGUUAGCUAUUUUAUUUUUAAACUUCCAGGUUGAGCAUCUACAAAUCCAAAAUCUGAAAUGUUCCAGAAUGUAAACUUUAUGAGUGCCAACAUGACAUGUGGUACAUCCCACACCUGACCUCACAUGUAAAUGACAGGCAAUCCACAGGCACAUGACAGUUAUUGUAUAAAAUUACUUUCAUCUAUUUAUUUGCAGUGUGUGUGAAGCAUAACCUCACUUUGUGUUUAGACUUGGGUCCACAAGUUCUAUGUAUGUGCAAGCACUCCAAAAUCUGUACCAAUUCUGGUCCCAAGAAUUUUGGACAAGGGAUGCUCAACCUGUAAUUGUUUUCUUAUUCUUUAAAGUUCAGUAAAAAUUUAAAUAUGACUGUGUAUAGUGGCACAUGCCCUUAAUCCUGCCACUCUAGAGGCAGAAGUAGGAUUUCUGUGAGUUUGAGGCCAGCCUGAGACUACAGUGAGUGCUAGGUCAGCCUAGGCUGGAGUGAGACCCUACUUUGGGAGGAAAAAAUAACAUACAAAAACAGAACCACUGAAGUCAGUUCAGUAGUGGUCAUUUACAUUUUAUAUUUUCAACUAAGGGGGGUGUGAUUAUUUGAGGGUAAAAACUAAGCUUAUAUCUUUGUUUUGUUGUCUUAGUUUUAUGAACUAGCUAACCAUAAAAGAUGGGGUAAAAUUUGGUAGUAACCAAGUUCUUAAUAAAUUCAUAUAUCAUAGUGGCAGUCAAAGUUAAGAAUCUAGUACUGCAAUGGAGAGGGAAAAUUCUACAGUUGGGCCUAAGUUAGCUUUGGUAGUUAUAAAAUUUAAUUACUAGUUUGACAAAGAUCAUUAUAAGCUUUUAAGAUUACUGGUUAGGUAUUUGAAUUUUAUUUUUCCUAAAUUGGAGGGAAACGUCCUAAAAUAAGGCUUCUAUUUAUUUAUUUAUUAUUGGCUCGCUUAGUUUUAAAUCUGAGUUGCAGAGCCAACCCUUUUUAAAAUAAAAUAAAAUAGUGCUGCGCAUGUAGGUCAAUGUCUAGUAUGCAGAAGGCCCUGGGGUUUCUCAGGGUUUAAUCCCUGGCACUGAGCAAAAUAUCAUCCAAAAAAAAUGAAAAGAAGAAGAACUAGUUAGAAAUAAGUCUUCUAGUGGUAGGAAAAAUGUAAACUUACCACCAAGUUUUAUCCUUCUUUGAGGGAUUUCAGUUUCUUCUAUUUAAAUCCUAGCAAAUUACAACAUUCCUAUCUCAAACUGAAUUAGAUAUUAAGAGUUGAAAUGGCAUAUAUGAAAUAGCUCUAGGAAUAUAUAAAAAGCCUACAGUUAUUUUUCAGGAAUUUUUAUUAGUUGUUAGAAGGUAGGAAGAGUAGUAUCUGUAUUCAUAAAUAAAGAUUAGAAAGUGAAUGUUAAAUAAAAGUAUUUCUAUUUUCCAACUCCAUCAAUAAUCAAAUGGCAAAGGAAUAUUAAUGAGUGUGCGGUUGUAGUUGCACACUGUAAGAAGCAAGGUUUCUUGUGAGACUCUAUAGACCAGUGAAUGUUCAUGUUUCAGAGAAACAUUGGCCAAAAAAAUAUUGGGCCAUUAUGAAAUACUAUUCCUAUCUUUUUCUAAAUAGUUCUAGUCAAGAAAAGUAUUUAUUAAUAAAGUAAAUUAUAAGCAGUAAUUCACAUGUAAUCUGUUCUUCAGCACUGGUACAGUGAGAGGAGAAAUAGGAAGUUCUGUUCUCACCACCAUUCUUUACUCCAAAUCUGUCCUCUUCUACUCUUGCAAUAUUUUUUUCUUGCAGUAUUUUUAUAGAAUAGUAUUAAAAAUUUAACAUAUUUAUCAUCUACAGUGAUUUUUAGAUUUUGUUUGUUUGUUUUGUUUUUUGAGGUAGGGUCUCACUGUAGCUCAGGCUGACCUGGAAUUCACUAUGUAGUCUCAGGGUGGCCUUGAACUCACAGCGAUCCUCCUACCUCUGCCUCCCGAGUGCUGGGAUUAAAGGCGUGUGCCACUACACCCGGCUCUAGAUUUGAUAUACAUUUUGUUUUUAUUAGUUUUUAAAUACUUAUAAGUAAUCAAAAUUCAGGUAGAAAUGUUGCUGUCAGUAAUCAUAAUUUGGAAAGUGUUGGGCCUGAUAAUAUUUGGUAGACUGUAAUGAGGCCAUCUGAAGUACAUUGAUUUGGAUUUAAAUCUGAAACAUUCUAGCUUAGCAGCAUGGUUUUGGACCCUAGUUUUCCCCUUGGUAGAAUUAGGAAAACAAGAAAAUUUAACUCAUGGGAUUGAUUUGGGAAUAACUGAGACAAUAUGUGUAAAGCACUUAACAUAGUGCCUAGAAUACAUAAGUUUCUAUUUAACAUUUCUGUCAUAUCAUUUUGAAAUGACUUUUAAAGUUUCUUUUGCAAUGGAGGUCUUCACAGAAGGUGAGAGCAGCUGUGUUGUAUGUGAACUUUCCUUAAGAAGAGAGAGUAUGAGAAUGGCCACAGACACUGUCUGAAGCAGUAAAAAUACAAGGUACCCCAAGACCCUCCAAAUGUAAUAAAUGAUAAUAGUCAUGA